UGAAUGAGAGAGUGGAAAUAACGAAUGGAAUAUUUCCUUUGGACCGCAAUCAGUUGAUCCGGUGUAAGCACUGAAAAACAUCUCAUUGAUUCCCUGCUUGCAUUGCGAUCGUCAUGAAAAUCGCAAGUUUAAACUUGUUAGCUUUCGUUGGAUUAUUCAGUGCCUGCACACUGGCAAAUCCAGAUGGAUUUCUAAGUAUUAACUGUGGCGCUUCAAAUAAUGACACGAAUGGAGAGUUCGAGUGGAUUACAGAUUCCUUGUUCAUCAAAUUCAGAAACACGUUCAUUAGGCCUCCAUUCACUUUUAGCAAUAUAGCCUAUCAAUAUCAGUCCGUGGCCUAUUUUACAAAUAUGGAAGCAAAGAAAUAUUGUUACUUACUGCCCGUGAGGCCUCAUAUACAAUAUCUGGUAAGGGUCAGGUUUGUUUUGAAAGGAUUUGAAAAUCUUCGUUUAGCAAGCGUCUUCGAUUUGUAUAUAGAGGGAAUCAAGUGGGCCAAAGUCGACCUGGCGAAUUUCCCAAAUUCUCUCUAUGCAUAUUGCGAAAUCAUCUUGACCCCCAAAAGGGAUAGCAUGAGCUUAUGCCUGGCUAGAAAUUCAGAGACACAAGAGAGUUAUUAUGUUUUCAUUUCAACCAUUGAGUUGAGGCCGCUACAAUCACAAAUGUAUAGCACUUACACUGAUUUCAACUACAGCGCUUUAAGUCUCUUCUCUCGUAUAAAUUUUGGCAGCUUUGAUGAGAUAAAAUUUCCCCAGGACCAGUAUGAUCGCAUGUGGCAAACAUUUCAGGUGCCAUUAACAACAAAUAUCAGCACGAAUGACUCCUCUUUUCGGAGUGUUAAAAACCAACAACCGGAAUCAGUAUUAAAGACUGCUAUUACAUCGCAAGUAGGAGAAGAAUUGCUUAUUUCAAAUUGGUUCAAUGUUGUCCCGGGCAUUUACUACUUUGCUCUUUACUUGUGUAACAUCAAUAAGACAAGUCUUUCAGGGAACAACACAUUCCAGGUCUUCAUUGGCAAUGUUCAAAUUGCAGAAACAGAAGUUCCUGAGUAUAUGUACUGUUUGUCACCAGAACGUCGUCUACAGCUUAGCACAACUGAUUCUAUAGAUAUAAGAAUAGGUCCACAAGAAGGAUCCGAGAUGAGGCCAUUCAUAAAUGCAGCUGAAGCAUAUCAAAUAUUAAACAUCACCAAUAUGACACAAGCCGGAGAUGUACUUGCAAUUAGGCAAAUAGCAGAGACAGCGAAUGUUCCAGAUGAUUGGACAACAGGAGAUCCAUGUUUGCCUGCAGAUUUACCAUUAACAGGUGUUAUGUGCAAUGAGGAAGACCCUCCACGAGUGACUACUGUGAAUUUAACAAACAGGGGUCUCACUGGAAACAUACCUCCAAGCAUAGCCAACUUAACAGGAUUAAAACGGCUGUUGUUGGGAAACAAUAAUUUUUCGGGCGCUAUUCCAGACCUUAGCACACUAAAGAACCUUACGACAUUGCAACUGCAAAAUAAUCAACUGACAGGAAACAUUCCCAGUUCAUUAGAGAAACUCCCCGUGUUAAAUGAACUUAUUUUGCAGAACAAUAAAUUAGAUGGAGAUGUGCCACCUGGUUUGGUUAAGCCUGGUUUAAACCUCCAAAUUAAUCCUCAAAGAAAGUCUACACAAGAAAAGAAAAGCAAAGAGAACGGUUUGAUCAUCGGACUCGCUAUUGGCUGUUUUGUUCUGUUAGUCGUUGUGAUAUUCGGGAUUCGUCUAUGGAGGCAAAAAUAUAAUCAAGGAAAUCUAACAAGUAGUUCUACUAUGCAACCUCAACAUUCACUUACAGAUAAUGAAUUUCAAAAACUGGUGGUAGAAUAUAGUGAAGAAGACAUUAAAGCAGCUACAAACAACUAUUCUACAAUCAUUGGUAAGGGAGGCUUUGGAUCUGUGUUUUAUGGUAAACUCUCAGGAAAUGAUGUUGCAGUGAAGAUACUUUCAACGAAUUCAUCUCAAGGAAAACAAGAAUUUCGAAAUGAGGUAACUCUCCUUUCAAGGGUACACCAUAAGAAUCUUGUAAAUCUUAUUGGGUACUGCAGGCAACCCAUAGUGGCCUUAGUAUACGAGUUUAUGGAAUGUGGAACGUUGAUGGACCAUUUACAUGGCUCCGCGAAACAAGAGAAACCACUUGAUUGGCAAACCAGGAUCAACAUUGCUUUACAAGCUGCACAGGGUUUGUUAUACCUUCAUGAGGGUUGUAGUCCUCCAAUCAUACACAGAGAUGUUAAGUGCAGUAAUAUACUUUUGGAUAAAAGAAUGUUUGCCAAGAUAACUGACUUUGGUUUAUCGAAGUUGUUAGACAAUGCCAAAAGCUAUAUAACAACUAAUGUGAAGGGCACCCUCGGCUAUCUUGAUCCUGAGUAUUUUGGAAAGUCAUCGUUAAAUGAAAAGAGUGAUGUCUACAGUUUUGGUGUAGUCCUGUUGGAGAUUAUUUCUGGAGUACCACCCAAGGAGGGAUUAGUGGAAUUGGCAAAAGAAUUGCUUAAUUGUGGGAGACUUGCAGACCUAGUGGAUUCUUCGUUGGGCGGUCGAUAUAGUGUAGAAUCUGCAAGGAAAGUUACAAACAUUGCAUACGCAUGUGUUGAAGCAAAAUCAAUAAAUCGACCCACAAUGAAUAUAGUUGUGAAAGAGCUGGCAGAAGCGAAGGAACUUCUAUUUGAUGAUAGUGGUGAAUCUGCAAACGUUGCAUCGUCAAACGUACUUGAUGAGAUGCCUGAAGCUAGGUAGCCAUAGAAUUGUGGAUCUCCUUUAGUUGUGGAAAGAUGCCAACAUAAAAGUGUCUUUUUUUAUAUACUUCUAAUUGUAAAAACUAUUAUAUUGGUUGUGAAUCAUGUCGGGAUAGGUAACUUUUCCCACCAAUUAAUUGAAAUCAUUAAAUGAAAAAGGAAAAGUAUAGUUAAAGAUUAGAUAGGAGAGUGAAAAAUAUUAAAUAUUUGUUAUCUUGGGUAAUGUUGGUUUAAUAUCUAGAAAUAUCAUAUUUGUAUCAAAGACCUUUAUAUAAAGAGACAUUCAUAUA